AUGGUGUUCAAUAGAAUUUUUGGUAUUCCAAAUGAUGAUAAACCUCCUCAUUUUUAUGUUAUUUUUAAUACCUAUGAAAUUUCAUUAUUUUUUUUAUAUUCUGUAAUUUUUAAUAGAUAUUAUUACGAUGAAAAGGGUAAUUAUGUUAUGGAGCAAUUGGUAAAUUGUGUUAAUAAUAAUAAAUUACUAGUUGGGGAUCUUGAUUGUGCAUAUGCAAUUAAUUCCACCUUUGUUUUAAUAUCACCAGAUUUCGUUGGUUAUUAUUCAACUGAUGAAAUGGCUUUGGGAGAAAAAGAGUUUUUAGAGAUAAAUGUAGUUGCUGGUUAUUUUGAUCUUGGAGUUCCAUCUUUCCCAAUUUCCGUAUGGUUUGGAGAUGAUAAAUAUUAUUCAGAUUCAUCACAACAAUUUACAUUGGGAACAUCAAAAAAAAUAAUAAAAACAUUUGGUGAUGAAAAAGAAGUGUUUAUUAAUUCUGUUGCAACUAGUAACUCAAGGCAAAUUAAACAAAGUGUUGCAAGAGCAUUUACUUUAUCUUAUUCAAUUUAUUUUAAUGAUGUUGCAGUGAUAACAGAAAAAACUGAAUCAAAUUUUGAACUUGCAAUUAGAAUUCUUUCAGACAUUGGUUCAUAUAUUACAGUUUUGAUUACAAUAGUUGGUGCAAUUUGUUCAAGAGUUAUUACAAGAUUAUUGAUUAAAGAUAAAGGUGGUUGGCUUGAUACUCAAGCACAUGAAUGUAUUACAUAUCAUUAUGAUCAAAUUAAAUUAAAAAAUUAUGAAAUGUAUAAAAUGGGUGUUGAAGGUAAAUAUCCAAAAAAUGAUAAUAUUAAUAAUUCUAAUAUUGAUAUCGAUUCAAGUAGUAUUCAAAAAAUUAAUUCAUAA